AUCCUUACCAGGACAAGAAUUUGUGACUAAGAUCCGGAACUCUUCCACGCGGCUGUACAAAAUGGAGUUCGUUAUUGGGGGCAUUGCAGCGACAAGUGCGGGUCUAUUCACCAAUCCUCUGGAGGUUGUCAAGCACCACAUGGAGUUGAGCCAGAAGAGCCAGAUGAACAAAUGUAGGGCGUUCUUCCACACUGGACUCCAAGUUGCCAAGCAUGAUGGAGUCAAAAGCCUACAAAAGGGGCUAUCGCCAGCUCUUGGGGCAUACCUUGUCAGUUAUGGCAUGAAGUUAGGCACAUACCAAAUGGGUCAAUCGCGUGGUUUAACUACCAAUUCUGGCGGCGAUGUGGCUGUACCCAAGAGCGUCCUAACAAGUGGUGCCGGUGGUCUCCUGGGUCAAUACUUAUCUAACCCUUUCUAUCUCCUCAAGUAUCAGCACGAAAUGGACGUGAUGCAACACAAUGCAAACAAUAGUGAUAAGAAGUCUACAGGCUACAUGGACACAAUCCAGAGGAUAUAUAGGGAUAACGGGAUUCGAGGAUUCUUCAGAGGAGCUACUGCUUCCCUGCCAAGAGCCUUCAUAGGAACCUCCCAGUUAACCUCCUUUGCCUUGGCAAAGGAGAGUUUAAACAAACUAGAAACAUUCCAAAACAACCCGUUCUUCGCCACCGUCCUGGCAGGGGUGGUUGCAGGGAUAGUGCUUAGCAUGGCCAUGACACCUUUCGAUCUCGUUCUCACCAAGAUGUAUAAGCAAGCCAUCGGCGCCAAGUCGAGCCAUCAAUACAGCGGUUACUUGGAUUGCAUAAGGAAGAUUUACAGGAAAAACGGCCUGAGACCUUUCUACAGAGGAAUGGGACCGCUGUAUAUCAAACUGGGGCCCCACACGGUACUCUGCUUGGUCUUCUGGGAAGAACUGAAAGGGAUAUACGCCAAUCAUACCGAAAGAACGAACAAUGACCGAAAUUACAGCACUGUCCCAACGCACAGCUUCUACCAGCAGAUAUUCUCUAUUAAAGAGGAGACUCCAAUUAACUACUUCAACGAAUCAAUGGAAGAAAGCUCCAGCAAUAUUUAUUGGUGCUGAAUUAGUAAAAUUUGAGGUAGCUUGAUACUAGUGAUUUUUUAGUGAGUUUAUAGCUUUAACACAAAAAUAAUCUAAAUAUUUACUAAUGUGAUAUUAUAAGUCAAGGUGAAAAGUUACCAAAAUCGAAUACGCAUAUUUAUGUGUAAUAUUUGAAAUUUUAGUUAGUAUAUCUCUGGUGGUAAUCCCACCUUUAGUAUUAAAUUUUCCAGUUUUGUCCAGAAAAAAAAAAAGUGAUAGUAAAAGUCAUUAUCUAUAGUAAUUUACGAAGUUUAUAUUUCAUGUUGUAAAUAUUUACGUUUAUAAAAUAAUUUAAUUUAUUGUAAAAUGUUAUAAUUUGUUUAUUUUGU